CUGUUGCUGCUGUCUGUCUGCUCCAGGUCUGUUCCACGGUCUGCUCUCUAUAAUCAAACAUGGCGUGUUGUCAGUGAAGGAACAUUGAAUCUGCAAAAUGAAAUAGACUUGGCCUGCAUGUUAUUGCAACAUAACAUCGUCAAUUGUUACAUCACAGGACUCGAUUAUUACACGCGCCACAAUGCUGCUGUUUUUGGAGAGGUUUCCAUGGCCCAGCCUGCAGACGUACACGGCCCUGAGUGUGGCAUUGCUUGCUGGGAGUAUCUUCAGUGCCUAUACUACUGUCACCGACCCAGGGUUUGGGACUUUAGAAGCAGAUGAAACGCCCGUCCCACCAGAAGUGGAAGUGGAUCAGUUAAACAAUGACAUGAGCAACAGAGAGCUGGCCACUACAGUGUUGUGGUAUCUUGUCACAGACAGUCUUUUUGUAUGGGUUUUGGUAAACACUUUCUGUUGUUCAUUGAUGUUAAUUGCUAAGAUGAUUCAGUAUGUUGUAUUUGGUCCACUAAGAGUUAGUGAGAAGCAGCACCUGAAAGACAAGUUUUGGAACUUUAUUUUCUACAAAUUCAUCUUUAUUUUUGGAGUACUGAAUGUGCAGACAGUAGAGGAGGUGGUCAUGUGGUGUUUAUGGUUCUCUGCUCUGGUCUUUCUCCACCUCAUGGUUCAGCUCUGCAAAGACAGAUUUGAAUAUCUAUCAUUUUCACCUUCCACACCCAUGAAUAGCCACAUACGAGUGUUGUGUCUACUGGUCUCGCUGCUCUUGGACUGCUGUGGCCUGGCCAUUGGCUGUGGACUUCUAGGUGCUUCCCAUGGCUUACACACACUCUCCUUUAUGGCAGCAGAGUGUUUGCUAGUGACUGUUCGUACUGGUCAUGUCAUAAUGCGCUACUCAAUUCAUUUGUGGGAUCUAAACCAUCCUGGGACUUGGGAAAGUAAGGGCACAUAUGUCUAUUACACAGACUUUAUCAUGGAAUUGGCUAUGCUUUUUCUAGACCUCAUGCACCACAUCCAUAUGUUGCUCUUUGGUAACAUUUGGUUGUCAAUGGCAAGUUUGGUCAUAUUUAUGCAGCUCCGUUAUCUAUUCCAUGAAGUCCAGCGCCGCCUCCGCAGACAUAAGAACUAUCUGCGUGUUAUUAACAACAUGGAGGCCAGGUUUUCAUUUAUUUAUUAUUUAGAUGUUUUUAUGGCAUGUUCCUAUGUUGUUGAUAUGUUUAAAUUUCAAACACUUGACAUUAACAGAUUUGCUGUUGCCACACCCGAAGAGCUGGCUGCUAAUGAUGAUGAUUGUGCCAUCUGCUGGGAUACCAUGUUUACAGCUCGUAAACUCCCAUGUGGACAUCUCUUUCACAAUUCAUGUUUGCGUUCCUGGCUAGAACAGGACACGUCGUGUCCUACAUGCAGGAAAUCAUUAAACAUUAAUGGUGAUGGUGUUCAAACAAGAGAUCAACAGCAAGGUCCAGCUUUGGAGGACAACAUUGGCGCUGGAGGGCCGGCUGCAGAUGCCAGACCACACAUUAACCAACAUAACCACUUUUUCCACUUUGAUGGAUCCCGUAUUGCAAGCUGGCUGCCAAGUUUCUCUGUUGAAGUUAUGCACACAACCAAUAUAUUGGGUAUUGCUCAAGCAAAUAACUCUCAGCUUACAGCUAUGGCCCAUCAGAUUCAGGAAAUGUUCCCACAGGUGCCCUCCUACUUGGUAAUGCAAGACUUGCAGUUGACAAGGUCUGUAGAGUUAACUACUGACAAUAUUUUGGAGGGUCGCAUUCAGGUCCCUUUUCCUACACAGGCCAUUGAACGAGGUCCAGCACAGGGGAACAAUGGCCCAGAGCCCCAAGCUGAAUCUAGUGGAGUAGUAGACCAGGCUAGUGCUGAGCCAGAGAACAUUGAAGCCAGAGGGGGGCGCUUUUCCAAGUCUGCUGAGGAGAGACAGAAGAUGCUAAAACAGCGUAAAGAAGAGAUGCUUCAACAAGCACGCAGGAGAUAUCUGAACGUGAGUCCUGAAGACCAAGAUGAGGAUUUGCCGAGUCUUGAAGAUGAUACUGCCACAGAAUUGGACUUGAAUGUGCUAAGACACAGAGCAGUUGCUACAGCUACAGAAGGACAAAUGCAGGAUCACUCUGUACCUUGAAAGUUCUUCAGCAAUGCUGGCAAAAUGAUGCAUUUUCCUCCAUGAGGCACAGAGUUACUUUGGCCACAAACCAUUUGGUAUUCUAUCGACGCUUAUGCCUGUUCAUGUGGUCUUGUGGCCACUAGAGUUCAAUGUGUUUGAUGUGAAUGGCCUACAUCAUUUAUUCCAGGCUAUGUUUGGAAUUUUGUGUUGUGUGCAAGUUCUAAGGCCUUUUUAUGUGCCACGUUCUACACCUCCUCAAUUUUCAAAUGAGCAAGUUGUAACAUUUAAUUUUUGAACUGGCCCAAGUUGGCAUGCUUUGCAAUUUGAAAUCAUAUUUUGGUUCAGCAUACCUAUAUGGAACUGAUUUUAGUUUUUAUUGUUUUUUGGGGGGAUUUUUAAGCUUGAUUAUUCCAGAUGAAGAACCCCAUUGUCAUUAUUAACCUCUUGUCAUUUGUAUGUCUUUUCACUGUGAAUUACAUACAAGCUAAUGACAAUGUUUUACUUAUCUUGGAGUAAGAGAAUGUCACUUUAGUAUUUUUGAGCCUUGUCAAAUAUGAAUGUCAUAAAAUGCUGCGUGUUACAGCCUGAGGGUUUUAUUAAAAAAAAAAAAGGAUGGUGGACAGCA